AUGGAAAUAUCGCGGGAUAGGGUUGCUGUUAUGACUUUUCCUAGCGGAUCAUCAAUCACAGGAAUCGCGACAGUAAGGCCAGAUACGGUACAAGUGCUGAACUCUUCCGGAAGUGUUGCGAAAAAACAGCUUGUUGAUGACAUCGCAGCACUGACACAGAAUAAAUGGUGCAGCGACCCCGUGUCAAGAAAUGUCCGCUCAGCAAUUCAAGCUUCGAUAACGAAGUUAAAAGGGAUGCCCCUUGAUACAACACGUUACGGAACACGCAGACAUGCCCAUCUUUUUCUGUUGACAGCUAGAUUGGACGACGGUGAAAUAGAGCUGGUUCCCGAGGUAUUUUUCGGCGAGAUACAAAUUCACGUCAUUGGUAUUGGACCUCUAUUUUGGCCAAGAAGUGAGAUGGGUGCUUCAGGAUGGUGUGUUCCAACUGCAUCACUAGGGCCACGCCCCAAUCUUGAAGACAAAAGAUUAAGCACUUACAAAGAAAAGGGUAAGGAAGUCAAGAAAGAGAUAAAGGUUGAAGAGAUGAUCCGCCUCUUGAGGACAGCAGUUGAUUUAGGCAUUCUAUACGAUAUUGUAAUCGAUCUUAUUCCAGGGGAAAAUUGUGCGGUGCGAGCGGUGAUGGGAGAAGUGCGGUUUCCAAAGUUCCUUCCAGGGGAGAAGAGAACUCUCUUAGUACAAGUUCACAUUGGCGACAUUACGUUGCCUGAUAUUGUGAACUGCUGUGAAGACGAGGUUUUACCCCGGUGGCUUCAUCUUGAACGACAGCUGGAGGCAACACUUGGAGAACUACAGACUCGUCUUUUGACGGUCAGGGCGACAUAUCGUCAUACAAACUUCUCAGAGUCAACAUCGUUCUUUACAGAGCGUCAUGUAGAAGUUUCACGGUUCACCGAGGAUUCAUUAUGGAGGUUUUCUCCCACAGGGAAUAAGCUUGUUGAUAAACAGGAAUCACCACCGAUCUCACCCAUGACCGCAAAAGACUUCGUCAAGAAGGUCUUGAUUCAACGUGUGGCUAGUAUGCAUAGUAACCCAACCCAGGCAAUAAAGGCAGUACAAGAGAUAACAAAUGGGACGCCGACAUGGGGCAUCGACCUUACUGAUAUAUCGAGGGAACUUGAAUAUAGAGAAAGAGUCGAGAAGAGGUUCAGGGAUACGAGAGAGUCAAAUGAUUCCGGGUGUAGGUUAAGUUAUGAUACCGAGAACAAGAGAGAUAACUAUGACCUUGCAGAGUCUGGGUGGGAUUGCGGUGCAGCCUGGUUAUCGAGUUCCCAAACAUUUCCCGAUAAACCAACGGGUAUUUCUUUGCAGACACUACCUGUCACGCCUGUAGAUCUCGAUUGCCGAUACCGCGGAAGUAGAGAACUAAGAAACGAGGAUAGAGCACCAUUCAUUGCCGGUAUCGACUCAUCUCCGGAAACAGAACUUCCAGACGAUAUGGAACCCGCGGAUGAAGCCCAACGUAUUUGGCUUGAAAUGAAACUCCGGCAACGAGGUUUUAGUAGUGGAAGUAUAAAGAGACGAUCUAUGAGAUCUAAGCAAAUUAGCCCUGUCUAUGUUAGACCGCCAUUAGAUGACCGGUUCGGCAUUAAACAGCAUGGUGAUGUUCUCAGUACAGUUCAUGCCUCGGGAAAUACAUCCGAAGAUGAUAAUGAGGAUGAAAAGGAUACACAAGGGCCAGCUGAAAAUGUGGACUGGAGCGAUAGCUCGGCACAAGAUACUCUCAAGAGUUUGAUGACUUUGCGGGAUGUCAGGGAGACAGACUUUGGACCAUGGGCGAUGUAA